AUUACAGGACAACAGAGGGCAAGAGAACCCAGGAAAGGGUGGGGGAGAGGGAAAAAAAGAGCGUGAAGUAUACAGUACAAGUUGAAAGAGGAGAUAGAAGCACUUGAUGCUGAAUCCGAAGCAGUAGGAAAAGAUGAGAGCAGCGCUUGACUGAUAGCAGAACCACAGAGAAGGACGAUUAGAAGACAAACCGCAUUCCUCUCGCCUGUCAGACAUCUAUGGGCCACUCCCAAGAUGAUAAACUGGACUUUAUGAGACAUUUUAGAAGACUUUCAAUUCUUGGAUUUACUUGCACCCGGUUCUGGAUAAUGGACAGUCCACUUUCUUCCACGAAGGACUUAUUUAUAUAUAACACUGCCAUUGGAAGUUCAAUAUAGAUGAUUUUCGCCAACCUGGUCAAAUCGACAAGAGGCCACCGAAUGCCUCAAGCUUGGACUUGCUCAGGUUCGAACGCUGUCGGAGUGACAAAGGCAUUGCCAGAUGUUGAUUCUACAUUCAACUGAACCGAAUAUUACUUUAAUGACCUGGACUAUGAAUCCAAACAUGUGCGUCAAAUUCAGCUUUAAACCAAUUUAAGAAAUUCAAGAGGCACUUGGGGAUUGUGAAACAUGAUAGUUUUGAGAGCGUAACUGCGACGUCGUGUCAGAAGUUUUGACACUUCCAAAUCCUGCUUGAAUAUCUCCGGUGAAUCUCAUCUUACGCUGUUGGAUCAACAAUCUUGAAUAUUGCGAAACCUACAGCAUUGCAGUUUAAAGGCUCUUGUCUGUUGUUGACACUCGCAAAUAACAUUUGCGGCCCGGGAAUGGCUUUUACACAUCUGGACUGUGUAAGUGCGCUGCAAUCCUGCUCUUUAUUUAUCCGACCGGGCUUUCAAGAAGAAUGACCUAACAUGGAAAAACUGACUUCGACUCUCGUCACCAAAAUAAAUGUAACUUGACCGGAUUCCUUUUGCCAUGUUCACAAACAUCUACCGGCUUUGCGUAUCGUAAAACACCUUGAUUUUCAAUAAUUGCCUUUGUUUUGGAGAUCCCCCUUCAUGCGCUACGGCAAAUUGACUUUGUCCCUAGUUAGUAUGCACUAGUGAGCCACCCUCACUUAUACAGUAGUUCUUGAAGAACCAGUAGGUCCUUAAAUCAACGCAGCCAUGGGUAUUCAGGGUAUGGAGCUUUUUGCCAUCGGGGUGGUCAUCGUACUAUUUGUGGCCGUUCUCAAGCAGUUCGGCAUUUUGGAACCCAUGUCGCUGGAAGACAGCAGUGACAGUGACCUGGAGCUGUCCACGGUACGACACCAGCCUGAGGGUCUGGAACAGCUGCAGGCUCAGACCAAAUUCACCAAGAAGGAGCUGCAGUCUCUGUACAGGGGCUUCAAAAAUGAGUGCCCAAGCGGUUUAGUCGAUGAGGAAACUUUCAAGACCAUCUACUCUCAGUUCUUUCCUCAAGGGGAUGCAACCACAUACGCCCAUUUCCUGUUUAACGCAUUUGACCUAGACAGAAAUGGCUCUAUUCGUUUCGAGGACUUUGUGAUUGGUUUAUCUGUGCUGCUGAGAGGGACUGUCACCGAGAAGCUCAACUGGGCUUUCAACCUUUACGACAUCAACAAGGAUGGAUACAUCACCAAGGAGGAGAUGCUGUUAAUCAUGAAGUCCAUCUACGACAUGAUGGGCAGGUAUACCUACCCCUGUGUGAGAGACGAUGCUCCAUCUGAACACGUGGAGAAGUUUUUCCAGAAAAUGGACAGAAAUCGAGAUGGUGUGGUCACUAUUGAGGAGUUUAUCGAGACCUGUCAGAAAGAUGACAACAUCAUGAACUCCAUGCAGCUCUUUGAAAACGUGAUAUAGAUUGUGAGUGAAUCUAACACUAAAAAAUCCCAGAUCACUCUCUAUAUACCAAACUAGCACAGCAGUCACUCUGUCUUGUUCUGUAGCACUACUCCCAUGCCUGUUGCACUUCUAAUCAAUCUAAUAGAUCACAUAGCCUAGUGCGGUACAGGCUCACCGUUUCGUCUUCUCAGCGGGACUACUUAAAAAAUAAUUAAAGACUGAAUGGCUGGGAUCCCUCCUACUUUUGGAUCAGACUGAGAAAUUGAAGUUGCAAAGCCAAGUUUUGUAUUAAUGAUGGUUCCAAUGGAGUCUUCAACUUACAUAUGAAAACCAUCCCUGGACUGCUUUCCUCUGCCUUAUGAAUAAAGGAAAUGACUCAAUAACAACCUUCCAGCUAACACAGAUACCAAGGAAAGUAUGUAAAAUGUGGAUUUUUGAUGGACCUGACGUAACCUUCGGCACCACCGUGACAAUUUGAAGCACACCAUAGACUACACAAGCAGCGAAAAACAUAUUCACCGGAUGAACAAAGUAGAUGUGAUUAUAAAGAAAAACUGAACUGAAGCAUGCUUGUCCAAAUAUGUGAGAUAGUAGUGAUUUUCUUGCAUGGAGACUGACAAAGUUGUACAUUUUCUUCCUUGUAAGCCAGUAGGUCCCACGAAAGGCCGUAAGCAAGCUAAAGAAGCUGUAUGUGUGAAGUAACCUAGUGUACCUGUGAUUAUGAGUUCUGCUCAAACUUGUAUUGCACAUAUCAGUGGGGCCAGGAUGAUUUGUUUGGUCACAUUUUAUUCUUGCACAGCAAUGAGGUAUAUCAAAAGGAAUAUAUAUUUAAUAUAUAGGCAUUUUAGUCUGCUUUAAAUCCGAUUAUGCAUUUUCUUUUUGGGAAUGUAUUUAUUUGUCAGACAGUGUCAUGCAGGGUUUGGACGUAAACUGAAAUGCUCGAGUUACUUAUAAUGUGGUUUACAAAUGUUUUGAUGCUCAUUUAAAUCAAUUAUUUGGAUUUUGCUAUACGGUGUAGAUGUAGCGGAGAUAAUAUAUGAGAGGCUUUGUUUAUUUUUAUUGUAUGGUUAUGUUCUUAUAUAUUGUUUAGUGAAGGCUGAAUUUUAUUAUUCUUUCAUGAGGUAAAGAAUGCACAAUGGCCAACUUGCUCUUCCAUUUGACUAUUGUAAUAUCAGGAAUAAAGCGGUUGUUGUAAAAUUUUCCUCAUAUGCAGA